ACCAACUGGUAUAAGCCCCUUUCCCGUUUCUAGCACUAACUACGAUGUCCUUUGAACUCGACACAACCGCUCACAGACCAUUCCAUCGACCUGGUGACGAACCUUUUCAACACCCAGUUGGACACAUGCACGCUCAUGGUCUAGCGCAAUAUUCUCCUAAGGCAGCGGAAGCGUUUUCGUUCCCUUCCAAGCCUGAGUCAAAGCACAGUGUGUCACCUCUUCUGUUCCAGACCCCGCAACCGCCUCUAUCUUCCACAUGCCCCCAGCGCUGGCCAGGAAUCGAUGCAGAAAGUACCAAGAUGCUUUUGAAAGUGUUAGAGGACAAUCAUUCGAGGUGGCAUAUAUUCUUUAAUUACAAGGGAUUUCAUAACCAUGCAGCCCAUCACCUUCUCGCGAUUUGGGCGAUGGGCGCAAGCGCCAAGAUCAUAUUUUCUGCUUAUGAAACUCAUUGCGUGUAUCAGCGGCCUGCGUUUGACUCACCAAGCCCUUACUCGGAUUUUUUUGUUCUUGAACUCGGGAAGAAAGGGUUUGCUCGCACCUUUGAGGAAUUUGUAUUUGCUCCUUCUGCCAAUUACUUAGCAGAACCACCUCCGGAAGAUGGUCAUCCGGAGAUGCUGUCUCGCUUCAUUGGUGGAUUGCUUCACCCUAUGAUUCACACUGGUUAUGGCGCAGAGUUUGGAUUGCUAGGCAUGUCGGCAGAAGGUCUGGCUAUGACUGCUGUACAUCCUGCGAAGAUGCAUGCACUUCUUCCACCUUCGGAUUUCAGUUCUCCUUUGAAAUCUGGAACCAUGCAUGCCCUAUCAAUUCUCGCACUUGUCGCUAAGGAUGAACGAUUUGAGCACGUCAAAAUGAUGGACGAUUUGGACAUGCUUACGAUGACCGUCUCAUCUUACGACGAGGCACUUCGAGCGUACGCUCAAAUGUGGGAAUUCGAUGUAGCAAAUAAGGAGGGCGUCGCAAAAGCGGUAGAGGAACUUGCCUGGUUUAACUCGAUAAUUUAUGGAGUAGGGGGCAUAGCUAAGGAUACGUUCAGCGCCGAUUUCUUCCUGAUGCAUCUUGUCACUUCUACCCUUUUUUUCCCGUCCCUCGUAACUUCGCUUUAUCAAAAUCCCCGUGCCCAAGCAUUGCUGCUGCGUUCCUUUUUCGCAGUGAGCCUGGCGCGCUACUUAUCGCGGGGACGCCCCACCCUCGAUAUCGCCAAGUUUUACAGGGACACAUCACGGCUUCUGCCUUCCAGUGGUCUGGACGUCAUUCCGGGUCCGCAGCCUUCACCUUUCGAGAACACGCUUCCCGACAAGAAUUCUCCUGAAGCGCGGACGCCAAAUUCCUGGCUAUCCAUAAUACAGACUACGCUCGUGCACCCUAACGAACAUUUGUGCAAGGUAGAGCGGGCACUCGCGCAUUUUGCAUCAUUGUACGGCUUGCGAGGACAGGGAUGGUUCGCCACCCGCAAACAAGCGAGCGUAGCCACAAAUAACAGUAAGCUCGAAGAUGUUGAGCGCGACAUGGGACUUGGAAAGUUGGAUGGAACGUUGUUCCUUCGCGUGGCUAUGCUUACUGCGCACACGCUUGGAUGGAUGAGAGAGGGCCAGCGCGAGGAGGGGUGGGAUUAUGAAGGAUUUUAUGACAAGUGAGG